GGGGCGUGGCCAGGCCCCGCCCCGCCCGGGGGCGUCCCGCGGCGGCGCGGCGCGUCACGCGCGAGGCGAGUCUUGCCCGGGCAAAGAUGGCUCGGAGGCGCGCGGCGGGUCGGGGGCCGCGGGGGCGCACGCUGCGCAGCCGGGCGGCUGAGGGCGAGCGCAGAGCCCGGCGCGAGCAGGCGGAGGCGGGUGUCUUUGAAGAUGAGAAACCUCUAAAGAAGAGCCUUCUUGCUAAAGUUUCACGAGGAAAGAGGAAGAAAGGCUGCGGUGACUCUGGGGGCCCAGCAGGUGGUCCAGCAAGAAAGAAAGCGGCCAGAGUGGCUGUUACAUCUGAGAAGCCCCAGGUUGUAAAGGAUGAAGCCCUCAGUGAUGGGGAAGAGUCCAGGGACUUCCCCAGUGCCCGCGGGAAGGCACACCAUCCAGAGAAAGAGGCUGCUGUGGACAAAGGUGCCUGUGAAGGGGACGCCGAGGAAGAGAGUGAAGAGGACUGGGAAGAGGUAGAAGAAGUUAGUGAGCCUGUGCCGGGUGCCGUGGGGGAAAGCGCAGCCUUCUCUGCAUCUGCUCUGCCUGUGAAGCCAGUGGAGAUAGAAAUUGAAACACCGGAGCAGGUGAAGGCAAGAGAAAGAAGUGAAAAGAUGAAAAUGGAGCUUGAGACAUAUCUUCGGAGGAUGAUCAAACGUUUCAAUAAGGAAGUCCACGAGGACACACACAAGGUUCACCUUCUGUGUCUGCUGGCAAAUGGCUUCUAUCGAAAUAGCAUCUGCAACCAGCCAGAUCUGCGUGCCAUUGGCCUUUCCAUCAUCCCAACUCGCUUUACCAAAGUGCCACCUCAAGCCGUGGACGUGUGCUACCUGUCAAACCUGGUGAAAUGGUUCAUUGGAACAUUUACAGUUAAUGCAGACCUUUCAACCAAUGAGCAGGAUGGCCUGCAGACGACGCUGGAGAGGAGAUUCGCUGUUUACUCUGCCAGGGACGAUGAGGAAUUGGUCCACAUGUUUUUAUUGAUUCUCCGCGCCUUGCAUCUCCCUACCCGACUCGUCCUGUCUCUGCAGCCAAUUCCUCUGAAGUUAUCAGCAGCGAAGGGAAAGAAACCUUCCAAGGAGAGAUCUACAGAAGGUCCUGGAGGCUCCUCAGAAACUUCCAGCCAAGUUCCCGGAAAGCCAAGCAAAGCAGAGACCAGCACAGGAAGCAGACGAGAGGACACGUCUCCUGAGGGCGCGGGCAGUGCACGUGCCAAAGGGAAGGGGAGCAAGGCGGCUGCAGUCAGGAAGAAGCAGAGAGAGCCCGCCUCGAGCGGGGAAGAAGAGGGCAAGGCCCGGGGGCUCACGGAGGGGACCCGGAGGCGUGCGCGGGGCCGGCAGCGGCGGGCAGCCGCCAGGGUGUCUUACAAAGAGGAGAGCGGGAGUAGCAAGGCCAGCAGUGGCUCUGACUUUGAGCUCUCCAGCUCAGACAGCCGACCCCCAUCUGAUGAGGAUUCUGAGCCGGGCCUUCCAAGGCAGAGGAGGGCCCCCGCCCCUCAGAGGACAAAGGCAGGGUCCAGGAGUAAGUCCAGGUCCCAGUGUGGGAGCCACCCUCAGCCCCCUGGCUUUCCAGAAGCAUCUGUAAGCGCUUCGGGCAGUAAGCGUAAGAGAGGCAAGAAGAUGUCCAUGGAUGGUGAGGAGGCAGACAGACAGAGAGCGGCUGGCGUGGACCAGUGGCUGGAGGUGUUCUCUGAGCGGGAGGAGAAGUGGGUGUGCGUGGACUGUGUGCACGGGGUGGUGGGCCAGCCCCUGACCUGCUACCAGUACGCCACCAAGCCCUUGACCUACGUCGUGGGCAUCGACAGCGAUGGCUGGGUGCGCGACAUCACACAGCGGUAUGACCCGGUCUGGAUGACGGUGACCCACAAGUGCCGGGUUGACGCCACGUGGUGGGCGGAGACCCUGCGACCCUACCGGAGCCCGCUGGUGGAGAGGGAACAGAGGGAGGACCAGGAGUUUCAGGCAAAGCACUUGGACCAGCCUCUGCCAACCGUCAUAGGCACGUAUAAGAACCACCCUCUGUACGCCCUGAAGAGGCAUCUCCUGAAGUACGAGGCCAUCUACCCGGAGACAGCCGCCAUCAUCGGGUACUGCCGCGGAGAGGCUGUCUACUCCAGGGACUGCGUGCACACCCUGCACUCCAGGGACACGUGGCUGAAACAAGCCCGAGUGGUGAGGCUUGGAGAAGUGCCCUACAAGAUGGUAAAAGGCUAUUCCAACCGGGCCCGGAGAGCCCGCCAGGCUGAGCCGCAGCUGCAGGACUACAACGACCUGGGUCUGUUUGGCGAGUGGCAGACCGAGCCGUACCAGCCGCCCGUGGCCGUGGACGGCAAGGUGCGGGCCGUGCGCGCGCGUGGGGCCGGGCCGGGGCCGCCUCCCUCGGCGGUGCCUGGACUGGCGUGCCGCCCUCUGCAGGUGCCCCGGAACGAGUUCGGGAACGUGUACCUCUUCCUGCCCAGCAUGAUGCCUGUGGGCUGCACCCAGCUGCACCUGCCCCACCUGCACCGCGUAGCCCGAAAGCUGAACAUCGACUGUGCCCAGGCCGUCACCGGCUUCGAUUUCCACAAAGGCUACUCCCAUCCCAUAACCGACGGCUACAUAGUCUGUGAGGAAUAUAAAGACGUGCUCCUGACCGCCUGGGAGAACGAGCAGGCGCUCAUUGAGAAGAAGGAGCAGGAGAAAAGGGAGAAGCGGGCUCUGGGGAAUUGGAAGCUGCUGGUCAAAGGGCUCCUCAUCCGGGAGCGGCUGAGGCUUCGCUACGGGGCCAAGAGCGAGGCAGCUGCCCCCCACACAGACACAGGAGGAGGACUCUCUUCAGACGAGGAGGAGGGGACCAGCUCUCAAGCAGAAGCGGCCAGAAUCCUGGCGGCCUCCUGGCCCCAAAACCGGGAGGCCGAGAAGAAGCAGAAGUGCCCCAGGAAGACCAAAAGGGAGAAGAAGGAGGCGGCUUCCCACCUGUUCCCGUUUGAGAAGCUGUGACGUGAGUGGUCACCUCCUCGGCUCGGCCGUGCCCCAGGCCUUGCUCCCGGGCAGGUUCCUCCUGCGUCCAGCACUCGUGCUGCUGCAGACUCAGGCCGUUCUCUGCAGACCCCUCGCUGCCCUCCGUCAGGUCCCUGCCGCCGCGUGGGCGGAGCGCAGGUCCAUGCAGGCCAUCUCAGGGCGAUGCUGCUGGACCUACUUUUCCGAGCUGACACUUCGUUGGUGGCAGCAGACUAGAGCAAAGAGCUAAAAUCAGGACAGAAAAGGAAAAACAAUGAAAAUUAAAGGUUAGGAAGAGUGGAGCAUUGUUGAAGUAGACUUUAUUCAUUACUGGAUACAUUUAUGAAGCCCUACGCACUGUAGAUGCUUAGGAGAAAUAACUUUUAUAACAUUCUGAGAAAAAAAAUAAAGCAUUUAUCUA